AUCUCAGCCUCAUCAUAUUGUGUGGCAUAGAUUGAGAUAGCCUUUCUAAGAUUUUCCUUCUUCCCUUCUAAAACCACCAAAAAAAAAAAAAAAUCUAGAAUCAAAUCCUCUAAAAAAAAAUCCCAAGUUCUAAGAAGCCAUGGCCAACAUGAUUAUGAGCUCCUCCAAAGCCUUAAUCACUUCUUCAUCCUCCACCAUCCCUCCAUCUCCAAGAUUCAAACUUUCCCUCACCCAAAUCCCUUUUCCCAAACUACCCCUCCCCAGAUCACCCAAAUCCCUUGAAACCCUCUCAAUCCCAUCAACUCUCAAGUCCAUUUCAGUCAUUCUUGCAAGCUCAUUGGCCAUGGCACCACCUUCACUAGCUGAGGAAAUUGAAAAAGCUUCCCUUUUUGACUUCAACUUGACACUCCCCAUCAUGAUGGCUGAAUUCCUGUUUCUCAUGUUUGCUUUAGACAAGAUUUACUUCAGCCCAUUAGGGAAAUUCAUGGAUGAAAGAGAUUCUGCUAUUAAGGAGAAACUUAGCAGUGUAAAGGACACAUCUACUGAAGUGAAGCAACUGGAAGACCAAGCUGCUGCAGUUAUGAAGGCUGCAAGGGCUGAGAUAUCAGCAGCAUUGAACAAGAUGAAGAAAGAGACUCAGCAAGAAGUGGAGCAGAAGAUUGCAGAAGGAAGGAAGAAAGUUGAGGCUGAAUUGCUAGAAGCUUUGGCUAGUUUAGAGAAUCAAAAAGAGGAGACAAUUAAGAGUCUUGAUUCUCAGAUUGCUGCUCUUAGUGAUGAGAUUGUCAAGAAAGUUCUUCCUGCCAGUAAUUAAUUCUGAAAAAUUUGUCUAGUAAAGAUAUAUAAAUGUGAAAAUAUUUGGUCUUUUUAUAUCAUGAAUCUCAUGUGUACAUCUUGGUUUUUGGUAAUAUGAGGAUUGUAAGUGAUUUUUCACGAUUUUGUUUAUGUAGUUAAAAGAAAAAUUGAAACUUGAAAGCCAGA